AUGGAAACGUAUCCGCCUGGAAGCCCUGGAUAUGAGGACGUCUGGAGGACAAAUUCCCCGGAUGUAAAGCAAGCCUAUCCAGAUCUCUCGCGAUCUCCGUAUGAACUGAAUGUGGGGUCGUAUCCCGUGACUACUAUAGAGUUUGAUCCCGUCCCUAACGUCUUCACAUUCUCCCCGUGUGGGCCAUCCUACAGAGAGUUUUCCGCAUUCAAAGAGAAAUCUCCACAGGAUAUUGCAGACGCCCUUCUCUCUUUGAAACACGCAGUGGUACAUCCGGGUCUUGGAGGACAGUUAUCUCCACUUUCACCAACCAUGCAUAUUGGUCAAGCGCCUACGGGACCAGGUUCAAACAAUGGACAGCACCCACAAAGUAUCGGUUAUGCGCUCAAUCCAAACACACAGAUGCCGCAGAACAUUUAUCCUUCUCAGCAAUCUCCACAAUAUGGCGUGCCCCCUUACCCUUGUGAACCGCAGACGAACAUGUUUCCAUCAAUGAGUGUAAGUGUGUCUAUGAGUAUGAAUGUGGGGAUGUCCCCUCACGGUGUCAGUAAUUGUCAAUAUAACCCAGUGCAUCACCAACAGUGGCCAAGCACACAACAGCAACCACCGCCACGGACUAUAACUCCUCAAUACCAGCAUUCCCAGUACAACAUGGCUCCUCUUUCCCCUCAGUACAACUGUCCGCAAACCCAUCCCUACCAGUCCUCGUACUCCUUAUCCUCGGACUUACGACCUCUUUCGAAUUCAGAAUCCAGAGGAAUUUUUUAUCGUCCUCAUGAUAACUUAAAAGAGGCAGCGAGACUUUGUGCUGUGAAUCAUUGGAAACGGUCCAAAUUCUUUGGUGGACGACACGCGCAUGCAACGUUACAAAGUGAAAAUAACAAGGUCAACCUGUGUAGGAUAUGUGGAAAGACAUACGCUCGUCCUAGUACAUUGAAGACACAUCUGAGGACACACUCAGGUGAGAAACCAUACAGGUGUUCAACGUGUGACAAGUCCUUUUCCCAGGCAGCAAACUUAACGGCGCACAUUCGGACGCACAGCGGCGAAAAGCCGUUCAGGUGCCCAAUUUGCGAUCGUCGAUUCUCACAGAGUUCGAGCGUCACCACGCACAUGCGCACGCACUCAGGAGAGCGACCAUACAGAUGUAGGUUAUGUAAGAAGGCCUUCUCUGACAGUUCUACUCUGACAAAGCACCUUCGUAUCCAUAGUGGAGAAAAACCCUACCAAUGUAAGCUCUGUCUUCUUCGCUUCUCACAAUCCGGCAAUCUUAACAGGCAUAUGCGAGUACAUGCUAAUUCCUCAUAA